AUGGGGAGAAACCUCGGUUCAGCGUUUAGAGAAGAGUUGGCUAACCUUGACAAAGAUCCAGAUACCAACAAGACUGCAAUGAGCAACUUGAGAACCAUUGUGAAAGAUUUGGACGCAAAAGCUCUACAUGUGUUUCUCGCUCAACUUUCUGAAACCAAAGAGAUCGGUUCCGACUCUGGUGGUGGCUACACGGUUUCUCUCUUUGAAGACCUUGCUCGUUCCCACGGAGUCAAAAUCGCUCCCCAUGUAGAAACCAUCAUGCCGGGUAUCGUACGGACGCUGAGCUCUUGUGGAGGGGCGUUAAGUGUUCAACAGGCAUGCUCAAAGGCGGUUGCUGCUAUUGCUAGAUACGGAAUCGAUCCUGCAACGGCGGAAGACAAGAAAAAGAAUCUGAUCCAUUCUCUUUGUAAACCUCUCUCUGACUCUCUUUUAGACUCUCAGCAUCUUGAUUUGGGAGCUUCUCUCUGCUUGAAGUCGCUUGUGGACUGCGACAGCUGGCGUUUUGCUUCUAGUGAAAUGGUUAAUACCCUUUGUCAGAGCUUAGCUGUUUCUCUCGAAGCCGCUUCUGAGUCUCACAUGGCGCUUGUGAUAGCUCUCGCUAAGCGCAAUGCUUUUACAGUUGAGGCGUACGCGAUGCUUUUUGUGAAGUCUGGCCUGAGGAUUCUUGAUUUGGGCGUUGUGGAGGGUGAUGCUCAGAAACGGGUUUUGGCUGUGCAGAUGCUUAACUUCUUGAUGAAGUAUCUGAACCCCAAGAGUAUGUCUUCUGAGGUGGAGCUUGUGUUGCAAGAGAUGGAGAAACACGUGGAGGAUGAGGUGUAUUUUGUGAGAGUGGCUGUUCAUGAGACCUUGGGUACAAAAGAAUAA